GCUAUUUUUGUGCGACUGCAUAUACAAAAAUCAAUUUCUAACAAAAAUGUUACGAUCAACGACCUGUUAAAUGUCUUUUCAUGUGAAUGAGAUGAAAGUCGCACUUAACAUCGUAUUAGAAAAAAAUAUAAGUAAUCUUCGAUAGCAAUGACAGCGUCGUGAUGCCAGCCCUAUAUUACGACUGGACUGCGCAUGGACAUCGAAGAGUGAAGCGUACGUGAUUUCAGUGAAGCGUACGUGAUUUCAAUGUGGCCGGGCGACCUGAAUGAACAUCCCAUAGAAAGCUCCACCUAUUAAACCGGUAGCAUGGUGGUGGUGCUGAACGGCGUGCUAGCGGACGAGUGUCCGACGUCGGUGCGGGCGCUGCUGGCGGCGCAUCCCGGCUACCGGGACGCGGCGGCGCAGCUGCUGGGCGCCGCGGUGAGGGUGCUCGGCCCCGCCCACCUGCUGUACGUCGCGCAGCGCGAGCUGGCCGCCGUCGCGCCGCAUGACAAAAAUGUCCAAAUCAUAGGAUCAGACGACGCCACGUCAUGUAUUAUAGUAGUUGUCAGACAUUCAGGAUCAGGGGCCGUAGCACUCGCGCACCUGGACGGGUCAGGCACCGCGGACGCGGCCGCGGCGAUGGUCGCGAGGGUACAGCAGCUAGCAGUCGGGUACCCCGAGGGCCGUCUCGAGUUGCAACUAGUUGGGGGCUUCACGGACCCACACCGCUACUCCGAUGAGCUGUUCGCCAAUAUUAUGUUAUCAUUCCACCGGUUGACCGUAGAGAUAGACCUGACGCUUGCGUGUUGUUGCGAGCUGAACACAGCCCUGGGCGGGGGCUCACCAGCGCCCCUGGUCACGGGCGUGGGCGUCGACAUACGAGCGGGGGACCUGUUCCCCGCCACGUUCCCGGAUAAAGGACCCGAGUUGCCGCUUCGAGGGGCCCGGACUAUCACUGGGGGACCCCAUUCGGCGCAGGUAUGGCAGACGGAGAACCGCUGCCGGCUAGACGGCCCCAACGAUCGCGGCUCCUGCAGGUGGCAAGGCAGCAACAUCGGGGUUGACAGCUAUGGCUGUAGAGAGGUGCUAGACAUCUAUGACAACGGUGUGGGUAUGUUGCGCGUGGGCCCGUUCAACUACGACCCGCUUAGAGGCGUCGACCUCUGGCUCGAGCAGUCCGACGACUUCAUACUGCAGCAUCUAAGCACCACGCCCGCUGUCGAGCCGCCGCAUUUCGUGCAUAAUAUCCGUAUGACGUUGAAGUUCAUCCAGCAGCACCCGUUCCCAGCCGUGACGGUGUUCCCGGACAACCGGCCGCACUAUUACCGCCGUGACGAACAAUCCGGCUGUUGGGUGCCCAUGCGCUUCUAAAUACACAAUACACACAUAACCCGUGCGAAUUAAAUAGACACCUAGCUAGUAUGCAACCUUCUUGACGCGUGUGCAGUUAAUUUGCACGGAUUAUACGUACACCUACUAAGUAAUAGGUCCCCCACGCAAUAGGGGUCCAGGCUGCUUCAAUUUUGUUUACUAUUUCUCAUGAACUAAGACAGAACGUAGGCAUAUAAAACCUUACAAAACACUUAAAUGGAACAUUCAAAAUAUUGGUACAUACCAUUAAUAUAUAAAUACCGAAGGUUGAACAUAAGCGCUCAAAAAGUGGGACGAAAAGAAACAGCAACGCUCUGACAUUCCAUAGUUCGCAAUUAUAAUUACGAACUGGCAGCAUGUGGAUUUGUAUAACCGGUCCGCGUUACAAAUCACCACGCGCUGUCGAUGCUAAGACGAGGAGCAUACCUACGUAUUUUAUGACGAUUUUUAUUGAGUCCAUAUAACGCUGCGUAUGAAUAUUUUGUAUAACUAAGUUAGCGUCCAGUUUUCGUCGUAUUGUUAUAAUAUGACGCGCUUUAUCUGCGGUAUUUAUAUAUCAUUGGUACCCUAAAAUGACAGUACCAUUGUACGUUCGACGUUAAUAGUUAUUGUUUUGUUUGCAUACUGAAAAUAGUAACCAUGCAUCACAGAAGGCCAGUGCUCCUUGACUGGAAAUAUUCACCUUGCAGAAUGGAAUAUUUCUUGGACCAAAAUCUUGACGUGACUCGAUUAUCGGAACUUUUUAAAAGUUUACAAUUAAUUCACGGUGUUACUCGCUAUUUUGUCUCGAAUAUUUCUAUUUCACUACCUAGAUGACACAUUCUUCUGAUAAGAUUCACAAAAGUAAUUACGAUGCACAAAAUUAGGUAAUUUUACUUUCGGUUUUUAAUAAAUUCCAACACCUAUCCAAUACAAUAGGAAUCUCAAUAAAUAGACUUAAUUUAUUGUAAUAAUUGUUGGAGACAUCACUUUAUUAACUAAAAUAUUACACAGAUAAAAUCGAGUAUAUACUAAAUAUCCGAUUAUAUCAUAGUUGUAGUGUGAAUGGACUUUGAUUCGAAGAAAUUGUCGACAACAAAUAUAGUAUAAUACACAUGUCGACAGUAAACUGUUGUUAGAAAACUGUUGUUUCUGUGUAAAGUGACGUAUGCAUUGCGCAUGGAUAGGUACUCUGUUUAAUAUUAAUUACGACUAUGACGACGUUGAUUAAUUUGAUCGUAAAAAAAAUAAAAAGAAAAAAACAGUUUUAUUGGCAAUAUAUUUUUCAGCCAUUCGAUUGGCUCUCUGUGCGACAGUAUUGCCAAUAAGGCAUUGAAUUUCUACUCUUUUUAUCACUGUAAAUAAACAGCGCGUUACAGGGUAUGUAAACUCUGAAAGUAAAUGGUAAAUUGCUGGCAAGAUUAGCCAUAGUUGACGAGUAUGUUACGAAAAUAUUUUUGUCGUUACUCGCUUUAUCAUGACGCAAUUUUGUGAUAAAUAAAACUACUUUCCUAUAUUUAAAAUAGCUAUAUGAACAAUUACACUUAAUAAACAAGUGUUGUAGAAAUGUUUGCAUUUUUUUUUUACCGUUACUUUAAAAUGUUGUGUUAAUUUGAUUCCAGAUUGCUCUAUAUUUUCUUUGUGAAUUUAAAACUUUCCAUUGUAUGUAAAUAUGAGAAACAAAUUAUGUUAAUGUUAUUAGAAUAAUGUAAUGAUUGUAUAUUUUGAAAUAAACGUAGAUUUUUGUUUUUAUGCCAAUAUUUAGCUGUUUCUUAAAUUAUCAAUAGACUCUCUUGCAUUAUAUUCAAACAUGAGCUCGGGUCUGGGCCAAUCUAUAAGUAGUAUGGCAAUAUGGACAUUUGCAUGUAAAUAUUUUAGCAAGCAAGUACGUAGAUAUGAUUAGUUAAUGACGUUAAUAGUUAUUGUUUUGUGAAAUACAAUGAAUAUAUUGAAAGUUCUAAAGUUAAA